AUGGGAGAGCCAUUAUGUUACGCAUACUCCACCGCAAUAUCAAUAUCUCUUAACGUCUCCAUAAUGACUUUGUUUCUGAUCAGUUUGGAUCGCUUAAACGCCGUCUCAAAGCCUUUUCAUUACCGAGCGAAAGAAACUUUCACCCAGAAGUGGACUAAAUGGUUAAUCCUCUUUGCUUGGGUCCACUCUGUGUUCUGGGCCGCAGCGCCUCUGGUUGGCUUUGGAGAGAUCAUCGAAGACCCCAUCACUAACUCUUGCAAACCUAACUGGGCUGCUAAAGGCCUAACAAACACUUUGUACACCAUGGGCUUAGCAGGUUUCGCAUUCGCUAUCCCGGUAGUAUCUAUGAUAGUGGUAUACGGUAUCAUCUACUAUCGCUCUAAAGUUAGCAGUCGUUUCAUGAAAGAUCGUUCUCAAAACGCGGUUUCUGAUGAUGCAGUGCGUCAAAAACAACAGAGUGCAAUUUUACGGACGGUGUUAGUUGUGGUUGGGAUGUUUGCAGUUUGUUGGUUACCCUACACCAUCGCCACAACGUUUAAACUGUUCUUUCGCAAAGCGCCGCCGUCUUGGUUAGUUCAUUUUGGAUUGAUGAUGGCGUCUGCUAACAGUUUUGUAAAUCCUGUCAUUUAUUCUGCAUUCGAUAAGAGCAUGAGAGACGAGUUCAAGAGAAUUUGCAAACUCUGCAACAGAAAAGGAGAUGAUCUGUACGACGCUAGGAGCCGACGAACAAGCUCAAACUUGGCCACAUAUAACACCACUGUAACAAGAAUAAGCAACGAAGCAGUCAAUAAGAUUCUUAAGGAAGGCAAAUUUACUGAAAGCCCGCCGUUGUCGAGAAAAGAUACAAUGAAUAAUGACAAAAUGGUUACUGAUAUGUACGUGGAUAACAUCGUCCAGAAAAUGGAAAAAUCUGGGAGGGAAACAUGGGUUUGA